AUGGAGCCAUAUCCUCUUUCCGUUGACGAUGCUCCUCAGUAUCCAACGGUGAUACAGGGGGCCAAAAACAAUAUGCUAAAGUUUAAAAACUGUGUACUGCUUACGAGAGUAGGGAACUUUUACGAGCUCUAUUUUGAACAAGCCGAGGAAUACGCUACGCUGUUGAAUUUGAAACUCGCCCAAAAGAAAACAAGCGCGGGAGCUGUGCCAAUGGCUGGAUUUCCCUUUUUCCAACUGGAUCGUUUUCUCAAAAUACUCGUCCAGGACUUUAACAAAUACGUUGCCAUUAGUGAGGAAUUUGCCAACAAUGUUGUUGGUAAAGCGAAGUCCGGGGGUUUGCAAUUCGACCGUAAAGUCGCUAGAAUCGUUACGCCAGGAACAUUGAUAGACGAGAAAUUUAUGGAUCCUUACGAGAAUAACUUUCUACUCUCAAUAUAUCUAGCCACAGUUCGCUCAGAAGAUACGGAAAUAGUGUCACCGCAACAGCAUUCUUCUAUUUCCUCUUCGCAACCCAUUGGCCUCUCUUGGCUAGACUUAUCAACGGGUGACUUCUUUACCCAGCAGACCACUGCACAAAUGCUACCCUCUGCCCUAGCCAGGAUCAGUGCCAGGGAGAUAGUGAUAGAUCAGAAUGUUGGAGCAAAAAUUAGACAAGAACUACAAGCUGUUGUCGGACAAGAUAAGCAGCAUCUGAUAACUUCGUUUUGUUGUGAAAGGAGUGAAGAUGAAACUUCAAGCGCCACGCCGCAAGCAUCUAGAUGA